AUGACCGGAGGCCAUACAAAGCAUUUUUCCUUCAGUCGAUCGAAAUUCUUAUUUCCAGCAUCGGUUGAUGUGGCUCCAAAAAAAAAGAAGGAAAAACGGGAAAAAACGGGAAAAGUUGCUGCAGGGAUGAAUGUAGUAAAAUUUGGAAAAAAUGUUGUGAAACGGGAAUGA